GCGGAAGGAGGUACUCUAGCGGAAGUGGCUCGGGUAAGGAAGGAAAGUAGCGUGCCGGCCCCGAGGUGGGUUCUGUCCCGCCGUGCUGCUGCACAUUGGGUUACUGCCAUGGAACUCAGCGCAUGUUCCCUGCGGGAUAAGCUGCGGCGGGACCUGGAGGCGGACCACGUGGAGGUGGAGGACACGACUCUGAACCGUUGUGCGACGAGCUUCCGAGUCCUCGUGGUGUCGACUAAAUUCGAGGGGAAGUCACUGCUGCAGAGACAUCGGCUGGUGAACGAGUGCCUGGCAGAAGAGCUCCCGCACAUCCACGCCUUUGAGCAGAAAACCCUGACCCCAGAACAGUGGACCCGUGAGCGUCAGAAAUGAGGGAUGGAGGCCUGCACAGCCAUUAAAUUAAGUAUUAGGGCCA